AUGUCCGGCGCAGGUGCACGACACUGGGAGAAUGACAAGGAGAGCACGUGCUACAUCGGCAACCUAGACGAACGCAUCACAGACGCACUGGUAUGGGAAUUGUGUAUACAGGCCGGGCCUGUCGUUAGUGUCCAUCUCCCAAAGGAUCGCGUAACGCAAACAGUUCAAGGUUAUGGCUUCGUGGAAUUCCGCAGUGAGCAGGAUGCCGAAUAUGCUUGCAACAUUCUGAACGGGAUCCGAAUGCACGGGAAGCCCAUCAGAGUCAACAAGUCCAAUGCCGACAAACGUGGUGGAGAGAGUGGCGGACCUGGUGGCACCCAAGGCUCCGGCGCAGAACUCUUCGUCGGCAAUCUCGAUCAAAUGGCGGAUGAAAAAGUCCUUUACGAUACGUUUUCCCGCUUUGGUCUCUUCGCCAGCGCACCGAAAGUCGCUCGCGAUGACAAAUUCGCUAGCAAAGGCUAUGGUUUCAUUUCCUACGUCGACUUUGAAGGCGCAGAUGCCGCCAUCGAGCACAUGCACGGCCAGUACCUCAUGAACAAGGAAGUCACUGUACAAUUCGCGUACAAGAAGGACGGAAAAGGCGAACGACAUGGUGACGCCGCCGAACGUGCCAUCGCCGCGUCCGCAAAGAAGCACGGUAUGGGUGUUGCACCAGCUGUUCUGCCUGCCAAUCUCAUCGCACCUACGCCGUCAGCUCCACCCGUGCAGGCGCCUUAUGGCAAUGGCUUUCCUCCAGCCGGUGGCUAUAACAACAACUACGGCCGACCACCACCCAUGCAAAACCAAGGACCACCACAAGGGCUGCCGCCUGGAAUGCCUCCUGGUUACGGCCAUCCGCCCAUGGGAUCCGCACCCAAUCACGGCCGGUAA